ACAUAUGCGCUACUAGUGGCGUAAGCUGAUACUACUAUUGACCAUAUUAAGCUAGCCGAAAGUAGACAAUCUUUCACCAAUUAGACAUAACCUCACGUUUCACGCGGUAAGCUGUUCCACGUGAGGAUAUAUUGUGUUGUGUAUGUACAUUGUGAAAAAGAGUGAUUUCUAAUAAUAAAGAUGACAUUGCAAAACUUCCCUCGUGGUGGGAAGAAGCAAAAAAUUAAACAACCUACUGAUCUGCUUUUUGGUAAGAAAGAUAAGGCUGUGCACAAGAGAAAAAAGCUUAAUAGUAAAAAGAUUAAUUCCAAGGCAUCAGUAGAGCCAAGUAAUAUUGUUGCAACAACGGCAGAAUGUUUGACGUUCAAUGCUUUGACUCAAGGAAUGAUAGUUCUUGGACGUAUUCAAGAGAGUACUCAAUAUGGUGCAACCAUUGCUCUUCCUGGUCGUAUAUGUGGUAAAUUGGAAGUAACAAAUGUGAGCCAGGCAUAUACAAAAUUGUUGGAGAAUGUAGUUAACUCAGAAGAUGUUGAAAACCUUGAUUUCAAAGCAUUACCUGAAAUCUAUAAACCAGGGGAUUAUGUGGUAUGCUCUAUUAAAGAAGUAAAUCUCAAUGAAAAAUGGAUGGUCUCUUUAUCCUUCGAACCAGAAAUGGUAAAUCAGAAUUUAGACCCAGCACAUUUGGUCAAAGGGUCAAAACUUGCCUGCUCAAUCAGUAGUAUAGAAGAACAUGGUUAUGCCGUGGAUACUGGUAUAAAUAAUCUACGAGGUUUUCUAUCAUUAAAAGACAUCGAAGAGGGAAAAGAAUAUUAUGUGGGCCAACAAAUUUUAUGUGCUGUUAAGGAAGCAAAGACAUCAGAUUCAACAACAGUCGUAAAACUUUCAACCAUAUCCAAACAUGUUACAAGCUUGGUAGCUCUUCAACAGCAACCCCUGGAUACUUUAAUUCCUGGUACGAAAAUGACUCUGGAAGUCAAAAGAGUAUUAUCUAAUGGAUUGCAAGUAGUUUUUAAUGGUGGCAGUAUUGGCUACAUAAACCAAACUUAUUUGAAUGGUCCUUUAUCUUCAUAUAGUGAGGAUAUGAAAGUGCACGGUACACUAUUAUAUAUCAUGCCAACUGUUAAGUAUGCAUAUUUCAGUUUAUUAUCAAACGACCCUGAGGUGGAUAAAUUAAAUAUUGGAGAUAUAGUAGAGAAAGCUCGAGUAGUAAAUAGAGAAUCGAAUGGAAUUCUACUGAAUCUACCUAAUAACUUACGCGGAUUUGUAUCGCUUAAAAAAACUGAAGUCAAUUUUGACAAAAUACGUAAAGUGUUUGCACCCAAAACUAUACACAAAUGUAAACUUCUGGCAUAUAAUUCACUUGAUAGAAUCUACAUAUGCACCAUGCAACGACAUCUACUGCAGCAAAAAUAUGUCAGUAUUUCUAACACAAAGCCUGGAGAUUUAUUGAAUGUGAAAAUUAAUAAGGUCGACAUCCAAUCCGGUUUCGUGACAGUAUCAGUUGAUAAAAUUUCUGGAUUCGUACCCCCAGAACACAUUUCGGAUUUAGGACCAAAAGAAAUUUCCAAAUUAAAAGUGGGUGAUACCAUUAAAGCAAAAGUCUUCAAAUUAGAUAAAGAAACAAACAAAAUAACAUUCACACUGAAACAAUCAUUAGUGCAAAGUAAUCUGCCGGUUUUACAUAAUUUCGAAGAAGCAGAGGUUGGUAAGAAACAUCAUGGAGUCGUUGUACAAAUAACAACGCAGGGUUUGCUCAUUCGACUUAUUGGGGAUCUGAAAGGAUGGGUUCCAGCACAAUCAUUGGACAGUGAAACUGCUUGUAAAAAUUGGAAUUUUUCUUUCGGUCAAGUGGUUCCCAUAAAGAUUGUACAGAUAAACCAAGAUGAAAAGAAACUUUUAUUUGAAGUAGUUACUAAAGGCAAGGCAUCAGUAUUGAAUCUUUCCAUAGGCGAAAUGGUUGAGGGUACUGUGAUAGAUUCAUCCCCUGAGGGAGUUCAAGUAAGAAUCAUAAAAAAAAAUCAAGAGAGCUCGGAGGCAGCAUUUUUACCAGCAGGACACAUGGCACCCAGUUCUGAAAUAGGUAGUUUACUAGCAGCUAGAUAUGUACCUGGUGAUACUAUAUCUGGUAUGGUAUUCUCCACAAAACCAAAUUUGAUUUUAACAAGAACCCUUGUACCACAAGAGAAAUUAACAAAUUUUGAAAAAUUGAAAAUCGGACACUGCUUACCGUGUUCCAUUGCUGAAAUUUCGGAUGUUGCUGUGAAAGUCAUAUUACCCAUUAAAGAUAUGUCAAACUUUGGUACGAUACCCUGUAACGAAGUUUCAGGAAUAGAUUCGCUAUCUAUCCAUCAAAUAAUUUUUGGAAAAAUCACUUUUAUAAAUAAGGAAGAAAAAUUAAUUACUCUCACUGCAGCCUUGCAUAAUGUAUGGAGUGAUAACGUUAGACAAAAUAUAGACAUGACCACAGCCGUAGAUGUCCUGAGUUUGUAUUUAAACAAAGUAGUAGAACUGUCCAAACAAACUUAUUACGAAUCUUCAGCAAUAUCCAAAGUUGUCCUAGGUCAGAGAGUAAGUGGUACCGUAGAAAAAGUCACGGAUUACGGUCUUGUUUUGAAACUUGAUAAUAAUUUGAAUGGUACAGUCCGCAAGGAAAAUUAUUCGAAAAAAGUGAAUGUUGGUGAUAAAGUAACCGGAUCUGUUAUAUGGGUAAAUUACAUUCAUGAAAUUGUGGAAAUUGUUUUGCUACCGCAUAUAAUAAAUGCUAUAAGUACAAAACAGAAAAAGUUGUCAACGAUUCCUACAGAUACUCAGUUACGUGGUGAAAUUGUAUUAGUUACGAAAUGGUUCGUAUUGGCUGUACUAAAGGGUCAUGGAAAAGGUACACUGGUUGCUCUACCAUCGCGCAGACAUUUAAAUGAUGUAGAUCCCGCUCUGUCGACGUACGUUGUCGGUGGGAAGAUAAAAUGUUUCAUUGUAUUGAAUGUUAACGAGUCUGACAUAUUACCAAUUUGUAUAUUAAAAUCUGCAUUAGAACCACGAAAAGAGAUCUUAUCACCAGAAGUAAAUUCGAAGAAGAAAAAUAGUUUGAAACGACAGAUAUCAGUUAGCGAACAGCCGGCGGCAAGUAAGAAAUUAAAAACUGAGGAAUCUAAGAAAGUCAAUGAAGAACAAUCAAAUAAGAAGACUAAGAAAGUGAAGGAAAGCAAUGUGUCUGAAGAAAUUAAUAAAUCGCGAAAAACUAAGAAAGAAAAGAAACAAGAGCAAUUAUUAAAUCAAGUAGAUAUUGAAAAUACGACACGGAAGAAAAAAAAGCUGAAAAGAAAUAAUUCAAUUGAAUGUGAGACAGGCGUGGACAAUGAAAUUGUCGAAGAAGUAUCGACAAGGACAAUAAGGUUUACAAAUCCGCAAAAAAAUGACAUCGUUAUUCCAGAAUGUGGUUUCAUUUGGGAUACUACUCCAGAUCCUACCCUAGCACUAGGAGAGGAUUCUAGCAGUAGCGAAGAGGAAGCUGUGGCAGAGCCAAAAACAAAAAAGAAAAAGCUAAGUGCCACAGAACGUCGCGAACUUGAACGACAGAAGGAACGUGAAAUUCGUCAAAGAGAAGAAGCAUUGGCCAGUAGUCAAACGCCAAAUUCAGUUGAUCAAUUUGACAGAUUGGUUUUAAGUAGUCCAGACAGUUCACUCAUAUGGUUACAAUAUAUGGCAUACCAUUUACAAGCAACAGAAAUUGAAAAGGCACGAGCAGUCGCCAGGCGUGCCAUUAAAACAAUAAACUUCCGAGAGGAGAACGAGAAACUAAAUGUUUGGCAAGCAUGGUUGAACUUGGAAUCAAGAUUUGGUUCGCCCGAAUCUCUUAACGAUGUUUUUCAAGAAGCGGUUCGGACAAAUGACGCAUUUAAAAUAUAUAUGCAUAUGUUGACAGUCCAUGCUGAUGCAGGUCGACAAGUGGAACUUGAAAAAAUAGUGACUACUGCUAUUGGCAAAUUUAAACAAAAUCCACAAGUAUGGAUCGAAUGUGGAGCUGCUUUACUCAAAAUAGGACUUAAAGAAAAAUCUAGGCAAACAAUGCAAAGAGCUCUUCAGUCUUUGCCAGCAAAUCAGCAUGUGGAUCUAAUGGUGAAGUUUGCGCAACUUGAAAAUAAGUUUGGGGAUAAAGAACGAUCACAAACUUUGUUUGAACAAGUUUUAAGUUCGUAUCCUAAAAGAGUUGAUGUAUGGUCCUCAUACGUGGAUUCACUAAUUAAAUCUGGAGACAUAGAUAUUGCAAGGAAAAUACUAGAGCGAGCAGUUGUGCAAACAUUACCAGCAAGGAAAAUGAAGAGUCUGUUCAAAAAAUUUGUCAGUUUCGAAGAGCAGCAUGGUACUCCGGAACGAGUAUCCCAUGUUCAGCAACUUGCUGUUAACUAUGUGGAAAAUCAAUGUCGUAUAAAAAUAUCAAUAUAAAUAUAUAUAACAAACUUCGAAGAAAAAUAUGAGGAGAUUGUAUAUAAAACAUAAGAUAAUCAUUUUAAGGCUGUAAACUCAGUAUACUAUUAUUGGAUAAUUUUCUAUUCUCGAAUCACACUGUUAUUAAUAUUGAACGUCUCCAUACUGCACUAAUAUUAUUAUCUAAACAUGAA